CAUUCUCAUGGGAGGCAAGCUCACUCCUCUACGAAGAACGAACGGCAAUUAAAACCGGAAAUGUCUAGUUACGAUGGACAACAGACACAGGCGCAGAACGCGGGCUAUCCCGAGCAGAGGGAAGAGGAAGUAAAACUAGAGCCUAUCGAAGAUACGGGCUCUUCUUGCUCUUCCAGUUCCUCUUACAAUCGCCAUGAAGACAAUAAGCGUGUCGACUCUGCAGAACAAGAGGCCGAUGAGCUCGAUCAGUAUCCACUAGAACGACGGGUCACGCGCGCCGAAAUUGACGACAAAGGCAGACGUGACCUGCAGCGGGUCCUCACGACAGCAUCGCAGAAGAUAUCGCGGCAGUUCACGAUCGCAAAACCGGGUGAUCCAGCUGUGGAUCCGAGCAGCGACUCAUUCGACCUUCCUCAGUUCUUGAAGACCUAUAGGAAGCAACUAGAGAAUCAAGGCAUCGAACUGAAGCAACUCUCCGUGGUCUACAAGAAUCUAAAUGUUUUUGGUUCCGGCAAGGCACUGCAGCUGCAAAAGACCGUCACAGACAUCUUCCUGGCGCCUUUCCGCGCCCGCGAGUACCUGAAUUUCGGCAAGACAGAUCGCAAGCAAAUUCUACAUUCUUUUGACGGAAUCAUUAAGACUGGGGAGAUGUGUGUCGUCCUAGGACGCCCAGGGAGCGGUUGCAGUACCUUACUAAAGGCAUUGACCGGCGAACUGCAUGGACUAGAGACCGACAAGAGCGAGAUCCACUACAAUGGUAUCCCGCAACAGAAAAUGAUGAAGGAGUUCAAGGGCGAGACUGUGUAUAACCAGGAAGUCGACAAGCACUUUCCACAUUUGACGGUGGGGCAAACGCUGGAAUUCGCUGCGGCAGUUCGAACGCCAUCCAACCGCCCGAUGGAGGCGUCUCGACAAGAAUUCGCCCGGUUCGUGGCGAAAGUUGUUAUGGCUAUCCUUGGGUUAUCGCACACAUAUAAUACGAAAGUAGGAAACGACUUUGUCCGAGGCGUGUCUGGUGGCGAGAGGAAGCGGGUCUCAGUGGCAGAGAUGCUGCUCGCGGGCGCCCCAUUUGCAGCAUGGGACAAUUCCACACGGGGUCUUGACUCAGCAACCGCCCUGAAAUUCGUCAAGUCACUUCGAGUUGGUUCCGACCUAACUGGUGGCGCCGCAGCCAUUGCAAUAUACCAAGCCAGCCAGAGCGUUUACGACUGCUUUGAUAAAGCCACGGUUCUCUACGAAGGUCGCCAGAUCUAUUUCGGACCCGCUAAUAUGGCCAAGGGCUUCUUCGAGCGCCAAGGAUGGCACUCUCCUCCCCGCCAGACCACGGGUGACUUCUUGACAGCUGUUACGAACCCUCAGGAGCGCCAGCCUAGGAAUGGUAUGGAGAACAAGGUCCCUCGUACCCCCGAAGAGUUUGAGAAGUACUGGCGCGACUCGCCUGAGUACCAGAACCUACUAGGCGAGAUCAAGGUCUUCGAAGAGGAAUUCCCUGUCAACGAGCAAGGGACUCUCGAACACCUAAGAAGACAGAAGAACUACAUUCAGGCCAAACAUGCCCGCCCUAAAUCACCAUAUCUCAUAAGUAUUCCUAUGCAGGUUAAACUGAACGUCCGAAGGGCGUAUCAGCGGAUAUGGGGCGACGUUGCUUCAACUGCUACCCAAGCCAGUCUUAGUCUAAUCGUCGCUCUUGUCGUUGGUUCCAUGUAUUUUGGCCACUCUGAAGGGUCAGCUUCAUUUCAGGGACGAGGAGCCAUCCUGUUCCUGGCCAUUCUCUUCAACGCACUUGUGUCCAUCGGUGAGAUUUCUGGGCUCUAUUCGCAACGGGCGAUCGUCGAAAAACACAACUCGUACAAAUUCUACCAUCCGGCCACGGAGGCAAUCGCCGGUAUUGUCGCGGACAUACCGGUCAAGUUCAUCCAGGCCACCGUGUUCGAUAUCGUGUUGUACUUCCUGGGCCGGUUACGCUAUACUGCCGGUCAAUUCUUCAUCUUCUUCAUCGUCACCUACAUGUCUACGUUUAUCAUGGCAGCCAUCUUUCGAACUACUGCUGCUGUUACGAAGACUGCGUCGCAGGCAAUGGCUGGUGCAGGUGUGCUUGUACUCGUGCUUGUCAUCUAUACCGGCUUCGUCAUUCGUAUUCCGGAGAUGCCUGUCUACUUCGGAUGGCUACGACAUAUCAACCCCAUAUUUUACGCGUUCGAAAUCUUGUUGGCGAAUGAGUUUCAUGGGGUAAACUUUCCGUGCGACAGAUUCGUUCCCCAGGGUCCGCAAUACCCCCAAAAUGGCAACAGCUUCAUCUGCAACACGCAAGGUGCGGUUGCUGGUCAGGCAUUUGUCUCUGGCGACCGCUUCAUCGAGGUCUCGUACCAGUAUAGCUGGUCUCACGUCUGGAGGAAUUUUGGCAUUCUCUGGGCGUUCCUGAUCUUCUUCAUGGCCACUUACUUCAUUGCCGUUGAGAUCAAUUCUUCCAGCUCCAACACGGCAGAGAAGCUCGUCUUCCAGCGCGGUCACGUUCCAGCGUAUAUGCUGAAAGACAGAAAAGGCUCUUCCGAUGAGGAGACCGACGGCACAGCUAGGCCAGGAGAAGAAGAGAAAGCUGGUGACGUCAGCGCCAUUGAGGAGCAGAAAGGCAUCCUUACCUGGAGAAAUGUGGUCUACGAUAUCGAAAUCAAGGGCGAGCCCAGACGUCUGCUAGAUCAUGUCUCAGGCUAUGUAAAACCGGGUACCAUGACAGCGUUGAUGGGCGUUAGCGGAGCUGGUAAAACGACUCUUCUGGACGCGCUCGCGCAACGGACUACCAUGGGUGUGAUCACGGGCGACAUGUUUGUCAACGGGGCGCCGUUGGAUUCCGCGUUCCAACGAUCAACUGGCUAUGUUCAGCAACAGGAUCUCCACCUUGAGACUUCGACCGUGCGAGAAGCACUCCGCUUUAGCGCCAUACUUCGACAACCCAAGUCCGUUAGCAGGCAGGAAAAGUAUGCAUACGUCGAGGAAGUGAUCAAGAUGUUGAACAUGUCCGACUUUUCCAACGCUGUUGUUGGUGUUCCUGGUGAGGGUCUUAACGUGGAACAAAGGAAGCGAUUGACCAUAGGUGUGGAAUUGGCAGCCAGGCCGAAGCUUUUACUCUUUUUGGAUGAGCCGACGUCUGGUCUCGACAGCCAGUCUUCAUGGUCCAUUAUAGCCUUUCUUCGGGAACUUGCCUCCGCUGGCCAAGCCAUCCUUUGCACCAUCCAUCAGCCAAGCGCAAUCCUGUUCCAAGAGUUCGACCGUCUGUUGUUUCUCGCACGCGGUGGAAGAACUGUGUACUUCGGCGAACUCGGCGAAAACUCGCAAACCCUCCUGCAUUAUUUCGAAAACAACGGCGCAAGAAAAUGCGGCGCUGAUGAAAACCCUGCCGAGUACAUGCUGGAGAUCGUAAAUCAGAUCAAGAACGAAAACGGGCAGGACUGGUUCGACGUCUGGAAUGGCAGCGAGCAGGCCAAAGGCGUACAGCGCCAGAUCGAUGCCAUCCAUGUGGAAAAGCAGCACGAGAAACUCGACAUUGCCAAAGAGACCGGUGGCGGGGAAUUUGCCAUGCCGUUAACCGCGCAGAUCUGGGAGUGCACAUACCGCGCCUUCCAACAAUACUGGAGAAUGCCUUCUUACGUACUCGCGAAAAUGGGUCUUUGCACCGUCGCCGGCUUGUUCAUUGGGUUCUCUUUCUUCCAAGCCAAUUCCUCACAAGCAGGCAUGCAGACGAUCAUCUUCGCUGUCUUUAUGCUGACUACCAUUUUCUCCUCGCUGGUGCAGCAAAUCCAACCGCUCUUCAUCACCCAACGUUCCCUCUACGAAUCACGCGAGCGUCCAUCAAAAGCAUACUCCUGGAUCGCCUUCAUGAUCGCCAACGUCAUCGUCGAGCUGCCAUACGGCGUUUUCGCUGGAAUACUCAUGUUCGCCUCGUUCUACUACCCCGUUGUCGGCGCGUCCCAAUCCUCAGGACGGCAGGGUCUUGUCCUCAUGUUCUCCAUCCAGCUCCUCAUAUACACGUCCACCUUCGCAGACAUGACCGUCGCCGCGCUGCCCAAUGCCGAAACAGCAUCGGGUAUCGUCUCCCUCCUCACACUCAUGAGUCUCCUUUUCAACGGCGUGAUGCAGCCUGCAAGUCAACUUCCUGGGUUUUGGCGCUUCAUGUACCGCGCUUCGCCGUUCACGUACUGGGUGGGCGGCGUCGUGUCGACGAUGCUAGCAGGCCGACCCGUCACAUGCUCCACGAGCGAAGUCUCCGUUUUCGAUCCUCCUGCCGGCCAAACGUGCGGUGCAUACUUGCAAACCUACGCGUCCAUGGCUGGCGGUGCGAUCCAGAACCCCGACGCUACAUCUGCCUGCCACUACUGCUCGCUCAAGAAUGCGGACCAGUUCCUCGCUGGCAGCUCCAUUUACUACGGCGAGCGCUGGCGCAACUUCGGUUUGUUGUUUGUGUACAUUAUCUUCAAUGUCUUCAUCGCCGUGUUGACGUACUAUUUGUUCCGUGUGGCGAAUCUGAGUUCGCUUACGGCUAAGUUGCAUAGGACGAAGAAGGGAGCCAAGGCCAAGCACGGUGCUGACAAGGCCGUUGACGGUGCUGCGGCCGCUGUUCAGCAGGCUGGACAUACUGGGAAUAGAAGCGGAGAAAAGGACGCAGGGACUGCUUGA